AUGACCAUUCUGUUCUCGAAAAUGACCGGAAACUCUCCUCAAACGAACGGAACCGCUCUGGGUGUCCGUAUCAUCGGCGGAUCGUUCCUUUGCCUUUCAAUCAUCUCCAGUGUGAUCGCGUGCGCUCUCUGGAACACUGAGAAUCAUACUCUCGGCAAUAACAUCUUCUACUAUGGUAAGUCCAAGUGGUUAACAUUUCAAGCACAAAUCACUGCGUCACUUUCAAAACGGUUUUCAUUGAUUUUAUAACGUAUCUUUUUAUUUCAGUCGGUUUGUUCGCCACUCAGAUGCUCAACAUUCUCAUUGUGUACCUUAUGAAUAGAGGAAUUACCCUCCAAAAGGCGCACUAUCUCCAACCAUUCAUCAUCUGUGCCCUUCUUCAUCUCAUCAUUUGGUUCGUUUCCUUUCAAUCUUUCUUGGGAAUCUGUCUGAAAUUUUUGAUGCGGGGGUCUUUUUCUGAUUUCUGAUGAAAACAGUGUACUAUGAUAACCACCGGAUUAGGUGUCAUAAUACAUAUUUCCGGUCAUCUUGUUUGCCCCCCCGAUAUUCUUCUUUCCCGAAAAAAUAUUAUCCAUCCUGAUGGUGACGUCUUUGCAGCAUCCUCCUCUCCGCCAUCUUCUUCCUCUACGUCGUCACCCGCGCCACGUUCUACUCCGUCUGGUCAGAUCUCGGCUUUUUCUUCGUCUUUGUCAUCCUGACUGGCUUCUGGAUCAUCGCCAUUUCCUUGGCGCGCGAGUACCGAGACUAUGUACGUGUCAUUUCGUUCACACAUUCACCAUUGUACAAUGAGGAAUAGCUUGUUGCAUUUCGGAAAGUUUCUGAGCCAGUGACCCGGAUUUAUAAAGUUUCAAGGCUUCGACCUGACUAACACGUGAUUUCUAGAAUUAAUAUUUCUUUGUUUUAUAGAUCAUCUACGAUGAUUUCCUUCACGAGACUCUUCCGAGCUUCGUGUAA